CUGGAAAGAGUAGAAAACGCAAAAAUUAAUCGAUUACCCUCAAAUCUCCUUCCCUCCAGAUCUCCUACUUUCUCUCUCUACAUUCAUUCUUUCCUUCCAUGGGGAGAGAAUUCAUCAUCCGCCACAGCUGAAGCAAGAAAUCACAUCUGCGUUUAAUAUUUUGAUUUCUUAGUUAGCUGUUGCGGCUAUUGUUGUCAGCAUUUUAAUUGUUGUUGUUGAGAAUCCAUUGAUGCUUCGGUUUGUCAGGAUUUCCAUUUCGAAUUAUACUCCGUAUUUGAUUACAAUUUGAUAGAUUUCAUAAAUUUUGGAUGCAUUUAGGCUCGCAUUCGAGUUUUUGUCUGUAUAGGGAGAGGAAGCUCUGUAUAGGCUUUGUCAUCAUACAUAUACAGGUUCGAAGUUCUGCCCAAUAUAUCGGUUUGGUUUGAUUUGGUAAGUUUGUGGAGACAGAAGGAAGUGAAGGUGGAUUUGAUUUUGUCUCGGAAUAGACCUGGCAGUCGGUGAGCCCGGAUCGUUGAUUAGAUGUGGGGACGGAUCUGAUGGUGAAAAAAACAUUGUGGUUCAAUUGCUUAGGGGUAGUUGCACAUCACGGAAAGAAGGUCAAAGCUGACGGUGGUUUCCGCAGCAUUCAUAUUUGGAUUUCAUCUAGGGUUGUUGGGGUGGAGCUGAAGGAUUGGAAUUGGAUAAGAGCAGGGAGAGCAAUCGUGGCGGUGGAGAAGGGAGGAAGAUGCAGCUGCACUUCUCUCCUAGCAUGAGAAGUAUAACGAUAUCGAGCAACAACAAUGGAGGGUUGGGUGAUUUGAUGAAGAUCAAGGUCGCAGCUCGUCACAUUUCUUACCGGACGCUCUUUCACACAGUCCUUAUCCUAGCUUUCUUAUUGCCUUUUGUGUUUAUCCUCACAGCUGUUGUCACGCUAGAAGGUGUCAAUAAGUGCUCCUCACUUGAUUGUUUAGGCAGGCGGUUGGGACCAAAGCUUCUUGGAAGAGCUGAUGAUUCAGGGCGCCUCUCAACUCUGUCGCUGCAGAGGCUCAUGAAGGAUUUUGUCAAGAUCCUUAAUCAAGUGAACUCUGAGGAAGUACCUGCUAGCUUGAAGCUCCCCGAGUCAUAUAAUCAACUUGUUUCUGAAAUGAAAAAUAAUAAACACAGUGCAAAAGAGUUGGCAUUGAUGUUGAAGGGAAUGAUGGAAAGAUUUGAAAGAGAGAUCAGGGAAUCCAAGUUUGCAGAACUCACAAACAAACACUUCGCUGCAAGUUCAAUACCCAAGGGAAUUCAUUGUCUCUCAUUACGGUUGACUGAUGAGUAUUCAUCCAAUGCUCAUGCACGAAAGCAGUUGCCUUCACCAGAGUUACUCCCAUUGCUCUCUGACAACUCGUUACACCAUAUUGUACUGUCAACUGAUAACAUCUUAGCUGCUUCCGUUGUGGUGAACUCUGCUGUCCAAUCUUCUCAUAAUCCUGAGAAGAUGGUUUUCCAUGUCAUCACAGACAAGAAAACAUAUGCUGGGAUGCACUCCUGGUUUGCUUUGAAUCCGGUGUCUCCAGCUAUUGUGGAAGUAAAAAGUGUUCACCAGUUUGACUGGUUAACCAGGGAGAAUGUUCCCGUGCUUGAAGCUGUGGAGACCCAUAAUGGGAUUCGUAAUUACUACCAUGGGAAUCACGUUGCAGGGGCUAACCUGAGUGAUACUACACCUCGCUCUUAUGCCUCAAAGUUGCAGGCCAGAAGCCCUAAAUAUAUCUCAUUGCUAAAUCAUCUUCGCAUAUAUCUUCCUGAGCUUUUUCCAAACCUGGACAAAGUGGUUUUCUUUGAUGAUGAUAUUGUGAUCCAACGUGACUUGUCCCUACUGUGGGAAAUUGACCUUAAUGGGAAGGUUAAUGGGGCUGUAGAGACCUGUAAAGGUGAAGAUGAGUGGGUAAUGUCUAAGCGAUUCAGAACAUACUUCAAUUUUUCUCAUCCUCACAUUGCAAAAUACUUGAACCCUGAUGAGUGCGCCUGGGCUUAUGGUAUGAAUAUAUUUGACUUGCGUGCAUGGAGAAGGACCAAUAUAAGAGAUACAUACCAUGCAUGGCUCAAAGAGAACUUGAAGUCAAACUUGACAAUGUGGAAGCUCGGAACACUACCUCCAGCUUUGAUUGCAUUCAAAGGUCAUGUC